CAUCCCUCUCCCAGAGACCAGAGUGGCUGGUUUCUCCCUCCAGCCCUGGAUCCCCCGGUCCGAAGCGCGUUCCCGGCGGGACCGGCCGCCCGCAUGCACAAGAGGAUGGGCGAGGCGGUGGCCCGGGUGGCCAGGAAGGUGAACGACACGGUGGAGAACAAAGCGGAUUCCCUGGAUCUGGCCAACUGCAAACUGAUGACCUUCCCCGUUGGAAUCUACAAAGCCAUGAGGAGCGUCACCGAGGGCAUCCAUCGCAUCUCCCUGGCCAACAACGAGCUCAAGUCCAUCACCGGCCGAUUCGUCACCACCUUCAGCCAGCUGACAGAGCUCAACCUGGCAGGGAAUUACCUGCACCGCCUGCCUGAGGAAAUCACCUCCCUGCUGCACCUCCGGGCCAUCGACCUCUCCCGCAACAGAUUCCGGCGUUUCCCAGAGCCCCUGGCCACCAUCCCCGCCCUGGAGACCAUCGACCUGGAAGAGAACGAGAUUGCAGAGGUGCCCAUGGAUAAAUUGGCCUCCAUGGCGUUGCUGCGGAGCCUCAACCUGCGGGCGAACCCCGUCGGCCCCGAGGUGCGGCUGCUGGUCCGGCCCCUCGUUCCCUUCGACCUGCUGCUGUCUCCAGAGGAGCCCAUCCCUAAAGCCUGACAGGAUCCCAGGGUGCCCAAGCUGUCCCAAGAGUGGUCCCACGAGAGUGGUUUGGCUUAGGUCAGUCCCUGCUAUGCCCCUGUUUCUGUCCCAAACCCGAGCGAGUGCCUCGUUUUUCCUAAAUUAAAAGCAAGCAGCGGGGCUCCCCCGUGAAGGGAUGGCUCUGCCAAGUCCCAAGCCAGGAUAUCUCCUGCUUAUGUGUUUUUGGGGAUGCAGAGGAGCUGCAAGAGGAGCUGGGGGGAGAUCUGGAUGUUCACCCUCCCAGCUGGGUGCUGGUGGGGAGCAGCUGAGAUAGUGGAGGGCAUCCCUGUGGCUGUAAGGGUUCUCCCUGGAAUUGCUGACGUGGUGGUGUGCCAAGUGCCUGAUUAAAUGCUUUCCUGUUUCAUCA